AUGAUGGCAAUGCGUGUCUUAAACAAACGUCUUUUCAUGCAAAGUAUGCAAAAAUCAAGGCUACGUGCACUCUCUACAAACGUCUUUCCCAUUGCUGCUUUCAUAGAAACGAAAGAGACAGUAGAGACUUUAAAAGAGGAGGACUUGGGCAAUCUCGCAGGCGUGUCAAUCUCACAGGCAACGGAUGCUCAUCGUCUCAAGUUUUUUGCAUUCGCUAAGGAGCAGCAGGACGAGCUUUUUCCUGAAGGUGUCGGUCGUCGCAUGAAUGACACAUUUGAUCUCAUAGGCCAUCGUCACAUUAUGUUGCGUGACUCAACACUGGAAAUCAUCAAUAUGAUGAAGGACUGGGAGACGGUCAAGAAUGACACCAUUGGCGCAUUUCUGAUUGACGGUGAACGUGGUACUGGCAAGAGCUUUGCAAUGCAUCAGAUCGUACAAUUUGCACGUGAGAGCAAUUGGAUCGUGCUCUAUAUUCCCAACCCACGCUCGUGGUGUCAUGAGGCUCCGUACGUGAUGCAGUCACAAUACCAAGAAGGAAAGUUUGACAUUGAUGUCUACGGUGUAGACUUGUUGCAAAAAUUUCUGCACUGUCAUGGGAAGCAGCUACGAUCCAUUCCGCUACGUGGAAAGUAUGCUCAGCGUUACUAUCCGACGGACAAGUACGAGUCUAAGCCAAAGGAUGCCGCAACCUACAAGGAUGUUUCUCUAACACUGCGUGAUGUGGUUAUUGGCGGUGUUCGCGAUGAAGAGUUGGCAUGUCAAGCCGUGUGCGAUCUGAAGGAAGAGCUGGCACAGACCACGGAGUUCCCCGUGUUGAUUGCCAUUGACGACUACAACACGUGGUUCCAGCAGACAGUCUUUGGCUACGAAGGCAAGGACGUGAAAGCCGAUGACAUUUCGGUGAUUGCUGCCCUGAAGGACGUUGGUGCUACCGGUUACGACGAGUCCCGCAAGCUGAAGAACGGUCUCUUUAUCGCUGCUGUGACGGAAAACUUUCCUACGAAGAUUCACUUUAAGCAGCAGGUAGACUACCGCAAGAUUCGCACCACCAUGCGCACGUAUUCACCGGAGGAACUUGCUGCCAUCGUCUCGUACUACAACCAAGUCAGCUUUCUGCACGACAAGCCCACGGAAUCGCAAAUGGCAUAUUUUCGACUCAUGACCAAGUCACUGCCACUUCACGUGUUCGACCGAGCGUCCUUUUCGUAG